AAAAUAAAAACUUCCGGUCUCAAACCACGUGUGAAAUUUUUUGACAGAAUGGCUGCUGAUGUACAGCAGGCGCAUCGUCCUGGCGCUUUGAAACAACAGAAUAAAUCACAUAAACACGGAAAACACAAAAGUAAAGGUCAACUCGACAAAGAAACUAAAGGAAGAGUCAAUGUGAAGACAGCUACGAAAAGAAAUAAAUUUCUACAGAGAAAACAUGACAGAAAACAUCAUGCUGAUCAAAUACGGAAGCAAAAAAGGGAAGAAAUUUUAAACCAGAAAAGGAGUAGAGGGGGCAAUGCCUCACCUCCUCAUUUUGUGGUGGUGCUUUUACUGCAUGAGGGUCUGGGCGUUAGUAGUUUACUAGAUACCUUGAAGUCAUGCGAUGAAUCUGCAAUAGUCACACAGAAUGAGCAAGGAGUCAUCCAUGUUAGUAUCCCGCGAUUCAAGCAGCGAGUUUCCUUUUAUGUCCCUGAGUUUGGCAAUCUCUACGCUGUCCUAGACUCUGUGAAGGUGGCCGACUCUCUGCUCUGUGUCCUGUCCCCCCAGGGAGGUAUGGACGAUUACGGAGAACAGCUGCUCAGGUGUCUCUUUGGGCAGGGUAUCCCUGCAGUCACAUUUGUAACACAGGGAUUGAAAAAACUGGCAAUAAAAAAGCAAAGUGAAGCUAAAAAAUUCUUACAGAAGAAAAUAGAAAAAUGGUUUCCCCAUGAGAAGCUUCACUCCCUGGACUCGGAACAAGAUGGCCUGCUGGUGAUGAGGAACAUCACAAACCAGAAAAUCAAACCGGUUCACUACCGCGACAACAGGCCCCACCUCAUAGCAGAGGAAAUUCAGUUUGAGCUGGAGAAUGAAGAGGCCCCCUGUGGAACCCUGAAGGUGACCGGAUAUUUACGAGGCAGGAACAUGUCAGUGAAUGGACUAGUACACAUCCUGGGGUGGGGAGACUUUCAGAUGACCCAGAUUGAUGCUGUCACUGAUCCGUAUCCUCUCUAUCCAAAGUCUGACAGACAGAAGGAGAACGCGAUGGAGGAGGAUUCGGAGGAUGUGAGGGUGUUGGAGCAAGCUGACCCCGCCCUCCAGGAGUCUCUACAGAGUGAGAACGUCCCCGGGGAGAUGGAAGGCGAGCAGACCUGGCCCACAGAGGAGGAGAUGGAGGAAGCCGAAGCCGCAUUGAAGGCCAAGACAAAGCUGGUAAAGAAGGUCCCUAAAGGAACGUCUGAGUACCAGGCAGCCUGGAUAGUGGACAGUGAGGAGGAGGAGAUUGAUGAUGAUGAGAGUGAUGAUGAAGAGGAUAUGGAAGAUGAAGACAUGAUGGCAAUGGAUGACUCUGGAUCUGAGUCUGGGGAUGGGGCAGAGUUUGAUACACUGACAAUGACUGAAGCUGGGGACGUUGCCAACUAUGAUCAAACCAUAGACAUGGAGGAAGAGGAGAGGAUGUUGGAGAAAAUAAAAGAAGAGAGGAACCACGUGAUGUUUCCUGAUGAAAUUGACACCCCCAGGGAGAGAGACGCCAGGGACAGAUUCCAAAGGUACCGAGGGUUGAAGAGUUUCAGGACCUCCCCCUGGGACCCCAAAGAGAACCUCCCAUCUGACUUUGCCAGGAUCUUCCAGUUCAAAGAUUUCAGAAGGACAAAGAAAAGGAUAAUGAAAGGAGGGGAGGAGGAUGGGGUUAUGAGUGGAUGGUUUGUUCAAAUACAUAUUGCAAAUGUGCCAAAGGAUUUUAUGUUGUCUUACAAACCUGGGAUGCCUGUCGUGAUUUUUGGCCUACUACAGCAUGAGCACAAGAUGUCUGUCCUCAACUUCCUGUUGAAGAGGGUACCAGAAUACCGACCACCAAUCAAAUCCAAGGACAGGCUGAUAUUCCAUGUCGGCUUCAGGAGAUAUUCGGCCUGUCCUAUAUUCUCACAGCAUACUAAUGCAAAUAAACACAAGUUUGAGAGGUUUUUGGCUCAUGAUACGGUUACCAUGGCUACCAUAUUUGGACCUAUAUCGUUCCCGCCAUGUCCUGUCCUGGUUUUCAAAGAGCAGCACAAUGGUCAGCAUGAGUUAAUAGCUACAGGAAGUCUUCACUCUGUAAAUCCUGACAGAAUCGUCACAAAGAGGAUUGUUCUCAGUGGCCAUCCGUUCAAGAUCAACAAGAGAUCCGCUGUCGUCAGAUACAUGUUCUUCAACAGAGAGGACAUUGAAUGGUUUAAACCUGUGGAACUCCACACCAAAUGGGGAAGGAGAGGCCAUAUCAGGGAACCUCUAGGAACCCACGGUCACAUGAAGUGUGUUUUUGAUGGGCAUUUGAAGUCACAGGACACAGUUUUGAUGAACUUGUACAAGAGAAUGUUCCCUAAAUGGACUUACAACCCCACUGUACUAAACCCUCCUCCAAUGCUGGAGAGUUCCCAGUCGAUGGCGUCAGAACCCUCAGCUUAUCAAUUAUUUGAUGAUUAACUGUUUUGUUUUACUUCUUAAGAAUAAAAAACUUUGAAGCUUCA